GAAGAAAUAAUUUGUGGUGAUUUGGAGACAUUGACUCCUUUGAUAAGAGAUACAAAUAACGAAAACAAAAACAAUGACUAUUUGAUUGAUGACUGCAAACCAUUGGAUCAAUUGAGUCAACAACAGGAGACGUGCCUUCAGUCCGACGACUUGUGCUUAAAUCUCGAAGAAGAGAAUCGCAAGGAAUUCCAUAAGAGAAACGAGACCUUAGAUAAAGUGGUGGUCAAUGACGACGAGAAACUCUCGACUGUCAAAGAGUCGGGUCUUAAACAAAACAAUUCCUCACAUUUAAUAAAAUCGCAAGUAUUGAGAGAAUCCGCUGAAAGUAAACAAACAAUUGAUUCAAAACAAGUGAUGACUAUUGAGGAUAAUUCCGUAAAUUCUGAUCCUUUAUCGAAAGAAUCACACAAAAAAUAUGUAGGAAUUGAUAGAAUUAGUUCCAACCAAAUGGACAAUGAAAUCGAUGGCAUCUUUUAUACACAACAGCCAGAGAUAGAGACAACGGUUAAUAUUGUGGAUCCAAUUGAGACAAACCAAAUGACAUGUUCUAUGAGUUCAAAUCUUUGCGAUAAUAUGUUAAAUGAAAUGCCAACAAACGUCGACAACAUAUUCAAUGAAAACAAUGACAAUAAUAUGUGGAUUGAAAAUAAUAGUCAACAAUUCUGUCUGAGAAAAGAUGAAUCGUUGGCAACGGAUGAGAUAAUACCGAUUCCUAAAUCAUAUGAUUCUUCAAAUAUAACCACAACUCUUGGAUCGGCUGAAGAAAGUCCGGCGAAUGACAAUUCAUCGACUGAUCCGAAUAUGGAAACAUUAAAUGACAAUCAAGUAGUGGUUAUCGAAAAGAAUACACAAGUUUGUGAUAACAAGACUAUUGUCACCGAUUCUUAUGAUAACAACACAAUCACUGGUGAAAUGGAGAGUGAAUUGAGUUCAAUGAAAUGUUUGCAUCCAAACGAAGGCAAUGAUCAGAAUUUAGAAGAUAUUCAUCACAGAGAAGAACAUUGCAGUGAUUUGGAGACAUCGACUCGUUUGAAAAGAGACAUUAAUGAUGAAAACCUAUACGACGCCGACAUAUCUGACAAUAUAAAUAAUGGUAUUGAAAGUGACAACGAAGACAAUGUUUGGUUAAAUGAUAUCCAAACCAGAUUUGGACCAAUUCUGGAGAGAGACAAACUCGAAACCAAUGACAAAGAUUUAUUAUCUAUACGUUUGAAUCAGUUGCUCGAACUCUUGUCUGAAGUCAAUAAUAUCGAUAUAACAAAAGCAAAACAAUUGAAUUCUCGAAACAAAGUCAGAAUAUUCUGUCAAAAAGAAAUUAAAAGACUAAACGAGAAAUUGAUAAAAUUAAGAAGUGAAUCGCCAGAACUAUUAGCUACAAAUAAAGACACUCAACGGGCGCCGAAACGAAACUUAUUAAACUACAUGAGCCGAGCAUUGAAAGCGUCGAUACCAAUUCAAGCCCUAAUGUUCAUACUAUUAGGCGCCGCAUCACUGGUGCCCACCGUUGACGAGGACUACAGCUGUCAACUUAUGAACAAUUUGUUGCAUUCAUUUCAACCGAUGCUCGACUACCCGAACGGUCCGCCACCCGUCUGACCAUAUAAUGGCCUUACAGUCAACUCUCACAAUAUAGUCAUAUAUAGAGUACAAUCGGCUCUUUAGUACUAAUCAUGCAAUCCUUACAGUGCUUACAGUUUAGCUGUGAUUUGAUAUUUAACUUAUAUUAUAAU